AUGGAAUCAGUCGAAAGCUGGGUGCAAGACACUUUCGCACCUGUGGUGCUUACGUGCUCUACGUCGGAAGCUGAACGCAUUGCGCGAAAGAACAACCUUUCGGUGGAUAAUCUACUGAACGGAUUUGCGCGCUUGAAUGACGCCGACACACCGCUGCGCUCUGUGACACAUCCGAUUCAGCUUGCAAGUUUCAAUUUUCGCUUCAUAGCGGCUAGUCAAUUCCGUGCUAUAAACAUUAACGACGCCUCCAAGCAUCUAAAUGCUACACUUAAGCGCCACCCACCACAGUGUAAAGCAAAAGCGGCCUCUGCAGUGGAGCUCGACAUUCCACGCGUCACCACCGUGAACGAAGUGGCCACGUAUCAACGCUUUAUUGGCGCGGAUGCCGACGCAGAAGGCAAUACCGACCCAAUGCCAUGGUAUCACUCUUUCAAAUAUACACUCAUGGAUACGUUUCGAUGUGAAGAAUAUAGCCUCUUAUCUCAUCCAGUAGCCAUGUUGGUGGUUGUGAGUUCCACAGACCCGAAUCCCCGCCACAGUUUCGAAGAAUUGACUGCGCCUAAAAAUCUUCCUCUGCCUUUUCAACAGGGAUUGUACGAUAUUGCAUUAGUGCCGAAGUAUUACGUUGUGUUACACGAUAUCGUCGAGACAACAGACACGGGGAUUGAUCCCGAAGCAAUCUUGACAAGUAUGAACAUUUCCACAAACAACGGAACAGUAUUAAGAAUCAACUCAUUGUCUGAGGUAAAAGCUACAGUAUUUUCACAAUUUGCGACCGCAUGGAUCGAUAAUCCGUACGUGAGACCCCCACUGUUUUUAGAGCAACCGGAGACAUUUCCGCUAGCAAGUGGAGCAGUAGGAGCAUUUUUAUCAAGUGAUGAUGUGAACCAUCUUAAAGCAUUUGUAAGAGAGUUUGGAUUGCGUUUUGUUUUGUCGUCGCUAGAAGGACGGAUAUAUCAGCUGAAUGAAAUUGUUUCUGCCAUGAAAAAAGGAGUGAAGAAUGUCUUUAAGUCGUGGCUACGUAAACCGAAAGAUUUGCGUAUGUCAAACGUCUCUGCUUCUGGAAACGUGUCUUACAAAAGCGACGCUAUUGAGUCACAGACGCGUCUUCUGGCCGAUACGGCCUUUCUUGUGAGAGAUUACGAGCUGGCGUUGCAAAUGUAUCGAUUAGUUCGAGAGGACUAUAAAUCGGACAAGUCGAUGUUUCACUGCGCCAAUGCAAACGAAAUGAUUGCGCUUUGCUUACUUGUUACUAAAGGAUCGCCCAUGCAGAUGACAAAUGCUUUGGACGCGGCCAAUGCAAUUUAUGCCAAGGCACCAUCCCCUUUGACCCAGCGUCUCGCUGUUCGGACAGCAGUAGUCGCUGGUGAGAUCUACCACGCGCUGAGCAAGUCAGGGCUUUUUACGGACUACAUGGACAGUGCGUCGGCUGCGCUUAUUCGUGGCUCGUCAAUGGAGCAGGGCAUUUGUGCCGCUGUUCUGAUGGAGCGUGCGGCUCUUUGUGAUCUGCGCGCGCGACUUCCAAAGUAUCGCAAGUUUGGCUUCCGAAUGGUGAUGGCUGGUCAUGUCUACAACUCUCUGGGGCAUGAGCAACACUCUGCAAGGUGCUACUCAUUGGCACGAGCCAUCUACGACUGUAGUGGGUGGUUUCUUGUCGAAGAUCAUAUAAACUUCAUGCUUGCGCAACAAGCUAGCAAGCUGGACGACCGCAUGGCCUCCAUUAUUCUAUUUCUCAAACUUAUAGUUACAGGCCGAAAUUCGGCUAGCCAGCAAGAAGCGAUGCUAUACGAUUUUGGUCUGAUUGUCAAGGACUAUUUGGCGACAGAACUUGCAGACGUAUUUUCGUCAUCAUCAUUCUCUCACGGAAGUCCUGUAUUAAUCACGAGCGGUGAUGGUAGCGUCAAGAAACUAUUGGUUAGAGAUUUGCGCAUGCCUGAGCUGGACGAAAAGUCGACAGUUGUGUUUGCUGCGACCAAUGCGGUUGGAAUUGAUAGAACGAUCGAUGGUAACCAGUCAGAAAAGGAGAUGUGGCAAAACCUCUAUGACAUUCUUGACAAACAAAAUCGUCUGCAUCAAUAUGUGACGUCAAGCAGCAAUGACGACACCAAGAGUUGGUUUGUGCCUUCUCAUCUCUAUGCUGGUUAUCGCAAUAAAAAAAAUGUGGAGAUUCUAAAGCCAGAAAAUUACGUGUUAGGAGAGCAGAUCUAUGUUGAGUUUGUAAUGAAGAAUGCCCUAUCGUGUGCGGUUGACGUCGAGGACAUUCAUUUGUUUGGAAUGUUUGAGACAGCGGGUGACGGCAAAGACGUGUUUGACGUCCCUGAGAGCGUGGAGUCUAGUAAGCAGCGUGUUGUGAUUAAUAGUGUGAACCUUCAACUUCUACCUUGUAGCGAGGAACGUGUCCGCCUAGCCGUAUGUCCGCAAACAUGUGGAAAGCUUAUCCUGACUGGCGUUCGGUGGUCGAUAUGCGGUGGUGAUGUCCAAGGCGAGCACGCAUUCGACAUUCCUGGGCCCCUAUUGCAAGAUACACGAGCACAUCGUGAAAGUCGAGCUCGUGCCCCAAACAUGAGUCUAAUCGCGAAUGUUGUCGAGUCUAUGCCAUGGCUUGGGGUGGAAAUUGAAGAUAAUACCGCAGAACAUUUUGUUGGCGAGCUGAUCAAGCUAAAAGUUUCUCUUAUUAAUUCAGGUACUGCACCUUUAGGUGGCCUGCAAGUCUGCUGUGCCGAUUUGCAACUUUGCGCAUCUAAAUCAGGGGCGGUUGAAGAUUUGUGCGGGUACAUUGGUGCGAAUGGAAAUGUUUUGGACUUAAGCGCGAUCAUUCUUGCUCCAGGAGAACGAAAAGAUGUUAUCAUGUGGGCACGAGGUGCAGUACCUGGGCGAAAUAAUGCGGCCCUUCUAUUUAAAUAUACGACUCUAGUCAUCAGCUCUAAGCCCAUACUUUCGCGCACAGUAAAGAUCAUGCUAGCCCUAGACUUGCUCCCGUGCAUCGACGUUUCUUACACGAUCGAGCCAAGUUUUUGUGCAACGGGCGAAUACAUUCUUGGAAUUACCGUGGCAAACCAGCGACAGCACCAUCAGAACAGACGGGGAACUCUUGACGAGAUGGUCCAUCUGGAAGAGCUUAUUUGUGUAAGCAGCUCCUGGGCUGUUGAGAAAUUAAAUCAAAUGUCAUUUCAAACUUUUACCGAGGUACGAGAUUCGCUGCAUCUUGGCUAUUCUGAAGCCAGUACAAGUUACUUUCGCGUGGUGCGUCGACACAAUGAUUCUGCGGCAGAAAAAUAUAAAUCAUGCAAGUUACCUCUCAGUACUAAACAAAAUGGGGUUGAAAUUUCGGCGACGUUGCCGGUUGAACAAUUUUUGUGCUUAGAACAUGCUGCACAGCUUGCCCGUGCUGAUAGCACCGGGAAUGGUGAUGGUGUCGACGGUAAACGUGGUGGCGGCUUUCGCACAAUCCAAAGUGUUCGACGAGAAAAUAAGGCGCUCAAAAAUAUUGCGGAAGACGGCGGCAAUGAUGAUAAAACGCAGCAAGAGCCGCAGCCGCAGCCUACAUCGAAAGACGCGCUGCUUUUUCACUCAAAUGCCGAUGGCCACCUAAUCCUUGUUUGGUCGACAAAAAAAUACGCAAAUCACAGUGGAAACGAAGAUGCAGAGCAGCAUUAUCAAGCAAUUGGUCAGGAAAAUAUUCCCUCGGUCAAAAUUCGCCCACCAACGCACGAGACUUCAUCAUGCCCUUUAACUGUGACGCUAAGUUACAAGGAUUCAAUCAACUUGCAGAGAUCCACCAGUCCGGAGCUCAGCAUCGCGGAGCUAAAUAUCUUCAUGCAAGUCUGCAACGAUGCAGCGCGGGGUUCAAGACCUCUGGAUGUGACGGUUGAAAUGCUUCAUCCCGAAGAAGCUCAAAGUUCAGUUCCAGCUGAGUCGUCGCUUACUAAGCUUUACUCGGUCUCUCAUUCCGGUGCCUUUCCUCCUCAUGGUUCACCGCCGUGUUUUUUCUGGACCGGUAUCACUAAGAAAAGGAUUGCGCGAUUUUCAGCAAACACCCAACUUACAAUCAAGCUGAAGGCAUGCUUCAUUGCAGCGGGCAUCUACAACUUGAAUCGCCUCCGGUUCGUAGUGCAGCCUACUACGCCCGGACAGCCAGUUAGUGUGUUCAUGCUUCCUGCUGAAUAUCUUGUUGCUAUGAAUGAUGUCAAAGUCAUCGACGUUAGAACUUGGCGUCUUCGCUGUAUUCUUCACGAUGAAUACUAUCGUCCAUCGAUCUCAAGAUAA